UCCCUAUUGUUGAGAUUUAUAAAACCGUAGCUUCUUCCCAAAUCGAUUAACCGUUUUUCAAAUCAAAAGCCAAUCCUAUCGCGUCUUCUUUCCUCAAAGCUAAGAAAUCGACAAAGCUUCUCCACCCAAAGAUAGUUCGUCAGAGACGAGAGGUUAUCAUUAACCCUUUUGCAGAAUGGAUGGUUUUGUUUUGAAACGCUAUCAUGCCGAUGGUGGCGAUAGGCAUUAUUUAUCUUUAUUUUUUGGGCAAGAUUGGUCUAACUGUGAAAAUAUAGUGCUUCCAUUCUCUAAAAAUUCUCGUAUCCAUGGUAGUAGUUGUGGUGGAUUAUUUUAUUUUGACAAUUUGAAAGGUAGGAUUAUAAUUUGUAAUCCAACCACCAAAACUUUCAAAUCUCUUGAUCCACCCAAGAUGCUUAACCCUCCAAAUAUGACAACUUUCCAUAGUAGCGGAUUCGGAUACGACCGUAUAUCGGAUGACUAUAAAGUUGUAAGCCUAUUUUCUCAUAAUUACUGCCGUGACAUGGAUUAUUAUUCGGAUUAUGAUGUUGUGGCUAAAGCUGAGGUAUUUUCACUUAAAAGGGGUUCAUGGAAGGAGAUUAAUAGUCAUGUUGAUUUAUGCAGCGAGCUUAGAUAUGGAUGGGAUACACACAUGAAUGGUAUUUAUAUUAAUGGAGUUUGUUAUUGGUCAACAGAUGAAUAUACUAUUAGAUCAUUUGAUUUUACAGAUGAAUGUUUCUCCUCUUUCGAGUUACCAGUGAAUAAUAUUGACGAUGACGAUGAAUUGAGUUUCAAGUAUGAUCUUAUCAAAGUUAAUGAUAUGUUGGGUGUUUUUUUCCAUGAGAAUUUUCCACCACUUGGACCUGAUUGUUUUGGAUUUUCUACCACUUUUGAACUUUUAGUAAGGAAAGAAGGCUCAUGGGUUCCUUUGUAUAAUGUUAACCUUUGUGAUAUUGUGAGGCCGCUGCUGUUCAAUGAAGAUCGAUUUUUGUUUCUUGAAAAACAACUAAGUGAACGUUUCAGUCAAUUAGUCGUUUAUGAUUUGAAAGAAGAGAAGUUGGAGGAGCUAGAUAUAUAUGAUUAUCGAAAAGUGAUGACGAUCAUGCCAUAUGUUGAAGACAGAUUUCUACUGCGACAUUCUAAACCAAUGGAGGAUGGAUGCUAUAGUAAAGAUGAGGAGAAGGAGGAGGACAGGAACAAGUUGUUGGAGUGGAUGAGGAGAAUGGAGAGGAGAAGGAGGAGGACAGGAACAAGUUAUUGGAGUAGAUGAGGAGAAUGGAGUGGGGAAGGAGAAGGAGGAGAACAAGGACUUGGAUUGGAGGAAGAUCAGGGAGGACUGAUUUACAGUCUAGUUUAUAGUUUAUAUUUAAGCACUCAAUUUAGUCUCCUUUUGGCAUUUUGUGUUGUCGACUUCCUUUAGAAUUGAGCUUCUGCUAUUGCUGUGGAAUAAAGUUUUUCUGUUAUCGA